AUGGCCAAAUUUGAUCCAGUUAUUCAAGAACACGUUCGUCGGAUAAAAAAUAAUGAAACUCAUGAUCAUUAUUUAAGUCACCAAAUACAAGAUGAACUGAUUGAACUUAUAGCGCAAAAAAUUCGUCAACAGAUUGUAGAAGAAAUCAAAGAAGCCAAAUACUUUUCUAUUAUGAUGGACUGCACUCCAGAUGUUAGUAGAGAAGAGCAACUUUCUAUAAUUAUUCGUAUUCUAGAUAUGGGAAACAAAACAAAGAAUUCCACCGUAGCGGUUGGGUUUUUUGGCACCAUACAAAGGAUAUAUUGUUUGUUUGCAUCUUCCAUAAAACGCUGGGAUAUUUUAAAAAAACAUUGUACAUUUUUAACACUAAAGCCACUUUCAGAAACCAGAUGGGAAUGUAAAGUUAACAGUAUCAAAGCUAUACGUUACCAAGUACCCGAACUUUUUAGAGCAUUAGAAGAAGUGGCUUAUACAACUUCAGAUUCAAAAACGAAAAGUGAAGCUCAGUCAUUAGCUUCAAAUGAACUAGAAAGCUAUGAAUUUAUUCUUAGUUUGGUCAUUUAG